CAUUGAAGGUACCUUUAAUUAUUUAUUUAUAUUGGAGUACUGUAAUUGAAAGUAUUUUAAAUAUUAUUUAUUGUGAGAUAAAAAUGAUGGAUUACUCUUUUUAUGGAAGAUUAGUAGACGGAAUUCGACUCCAAUCAUUUUUCCUGAUGUUAAUUGUUGGAUGCGUUAUAGCUCAGCCCGCGCCACCAUUGUCACGACCAGGCGAUGUUGUCGGUAAAGCGGUUAUUGGAUAUCAAGGAUGGUUUGCAGCACCAAAAGAUGGUUCCCCAAUAAAUGCCUGGGUGCAUUGGAUCAAAGAUGGUUUAGAGCCAAGAACGCAGCCCUUACGUCCAGGUAUGGUUAAAUUCGACCUUUAUCCUGAUACACGAGAAUACACAAAACUAUAUCAAACCCAAUUGGGCGUCUAUGGCAAUAGACAGAUAGGAGGGCUGUUUAGUUCAUGGGAUCAAGAAACAGUUAGUCUUCACUUUAAAUGGAUGCAACAGUAUGGGAUUGAUUGUGUGGCUUUUCAGCGUUUUGGUCUUGCCCGAUCAUCGGAUGUGAUUGCUCGACAACAAGACGGAGUAAUACAAAAGGUAAUGAAUGCCUCACAAACUUAUCAACGUAAAUGGUACGUGGCAUGGGACAUAUCAGGUUGGAAUAAUCAGACCUAUAGCACCGAUCUUUUGACAGAUCUAAAUUAUCUUAAUCAACGAAUUGGUGUCUUCAACCAUCCAUAUUAUGCGCGUCAGAAUGGAAAGCUCGUCAUUUCUUUAUGGGGGUUUGGUUUCUAUGAUAGAGAAGGUAGGCCAACAAAUCCAGAUACAGCCAUCGAUCUAAUAAAUCGGUUAAAAACAAUGGGAUUUUAUGUCAUCGGAGGAGUUCCCUCGGCAUGGAGAUUCACUGGUCAAAACUCAUUGGCGACAUUUCAAAGGGUUUAUUCCGUGUUUCAUAUGCUGCAACCAUGGCACGUUGGCGCAUACACUACACCUGAAAAUGCUCUAGCUUACCAAAAUAUUCUGAGCGGUGAUUUCAAUGUUACUAAAGCUAGAGGACAAGACUAUCAACCCGUUGUUUUUCCGGGAUUUUCAUGGUCAAACUGGCAUACUGAACCGCAAAGUGUUCGAAAUCAAAUUCCCCGAAUGGCCGGUAAAUUCUUUUGGGCACAAUUCUUUAAUUUACGAAAAUUAGGUAUUCAAAAUUGCAUGGUUGCCAUGUUCGAUGAAUAUGACGAGGGAACUGCCAUCGCAAAAGCCGCUGAAGACAAAUCAAUGGUGCCAGUGAAUCAGUGGUUUUUGACAUUAGAUGCAGACGGAAUUCAUGUGUCUUCUGAUUUUUAUUUGCGGGUCUAUAAUGAUGGUACUAAAAUGAUGAAAGGCAUUACAUCAAUGCAGCAACAAUGUCCUACAAGUUACACGCCUAGUGCAUCGCAGCAAUUGCUUCAAACACUUACUUCAAUGAACCCAUCACAAGCACCUUUGCUUAACACCAUAUUUCCACUCUUUAUUUAAUAUCUUCGGAUGAAGCACAGAAUAUCGUUUGAAGAAAAAGAAAGUUUGUAUUUAGGUCCGUUUGUUCUGUGAGAUAAAAAAAUGUUAGUAUUAAAAAUUCCCUUCUCGGCUUUUUUAAAUAAAAUAUCAUGUGU